UCAUGCUAACCUAAAAACAAAAUAACCUCCAAUAUUUGACAGUUGGCGCCAAGUGUUGAUUUACAAAAACCGUGUAAAUAUGUUAUAGAAAUUUAUUAAAAUAUCAAAAUGGAUGAGCAAAAGCUUCUGAAAAGGAAAAGGAAAGCAACCCUUGACAACAACAAAACACUACUAACAACAGUUUGCACAGAUUUGGCUGAGCUGUACGCAGCUGAAGGCAGGUACCGUUUAGCUGUAGACGAGUACAAAACGUUGGCUGACAUAUACAAGGCUGGCAAGCAACAAAUUAGCUAUGCACAGGCCAACCGAGGUAUUGGGGAGGCCUAUUUGGGACUACAUGAAUUUCAUAAGGCACUUGAACACCAACAAAAGUAUUUGGAAAUAGCCAAGUCAGAAAAUGAUAAGUUGGAGGAACAAAGAGCUUUGGCCACAAUUGGACACACCUAUUUGUCUUGGUAUUUGGAAACACCACAGAAUCCGGACAAAAAUAACUUGCAUAUGGCUUUUAAAACAUUCAUGAAGAGCUUAAUAAUUUGUGAAAGUUUGAGUGAUAUUGGCAAGUUGGACAAGAUGGACAUGACUGCCAGAUUGUUCUGCAACUUGGGAGUUGUACAAGAUUGUUUGGGCAACUUCAAAAAGUCACUAGAGCUUCUGACCAAAUCCAUACAAAUAUGUAAACAGCAUGACAUUUUUGAACAACUUUAUCGUAGUUAUUUUGCAGUUGCUUCACUCUAUGAAAAAACUAAUGACUAUAAGAGUGUCAUACUCAAUUAUAAUUUGGCCAUAGAAGUUGCAAAAAAAUUCCGUACUAAACCUGACAUGCUGUGCUCAGCUUUAUUCUCAAAAGCUGCAACCCUCAUUAAGCUGGGUGACUUCCACAGUGCCAAACCAGUACUCUACAAAGCUUACAAGAUAAAUUCACCAAAUGAGGAGGACAGAAAAUCCAUUGAGCAUUAUCUGCGAGUUGUUGUGGUGAUUUGCAGAACUGAGGAUCAAUUAGUCUUAAUGGAUGAUCAAGUUGAAGUUAAAAAACUGUAUGAAAAAUUGGGAGACUGUGCCUGUGAACUCAAAAACUACAAAAAAGCCGUUGACUACUACAAAAAGAUGUUGGAAACUGCGGAAAAAAGUGGGUGCAGCAAACGAGAACUGGCUACUUGCUAUUACAGUUUGGCACAGACUUAUAAAGACUGUGAAUUGUAUGAUCAAGCAGUUGAGUAUUUUGAAAAGGAAUAUAGUAUUGUCCGGGACAAAUUAAAAGACAGCCUAAACACCUUGAGUCAAAUAGCGGACGCCAAAGAGUCGGCCUGUAAACCUUUGGUGGAAGUCAAAGCUGUAUAUGAAAGAGCGUUUGAGGACUGUAUAGCUAGGAAAAACUCAAAGGAGGAGAGACGAAUGGUGGCCAGAUACUUGGAGUAUUUGAGGCGGUCCAAAAAUAACACAGAAGCCUUCAAAAUUGAACAACAUUUGAACAAAUUAGAGGAACAGGAUCAAUGCUACUCAUCAUCGGACUCUGAAAGCAUUGAUACGGACGUUCUAAGUGGGAAUAUUGGAGAGGAUGUCUGUUUAGAUAAUCUCACAGACAUGUCCGACGACUCGGACAACGACAACUUGAACGCCGACGGAGCCAAGACGGCGAGACCCAAGCGCAAAAGGAACAUAGUGGUGAAGAACAACAAGGGAGAGACGAAGCUUCAUUUGGCUGCCAUCAACGGCAACUUCCUCGCCGCCCAAGUGCUGGUGGACCAGGGCCAUCCGGUCAACAUAAGAGACCACGCCGGUUGGCUGCCGAUUCACGAGGCCGCCAACAACGGGCACCUGGAUAUUGUGCGGCUUCUGGUCGACAAUGGGGCCUCGAUAAACGACAGAGGCGACAAGAACGGCAUCACUCCGCUACACGAUGCGGCCUACAACGGACACGUGGAGAUUAUGGAACUGCUGCUGGACAAGGGGGCGUCGGGGAUCACCAUGACAGACGAGGGCGACACCCCUUUGCAAGCUCUACAAAACUGGAUGAAUGGAAAUGAGGUCGAAUCCCACAGGGAGGCGAAAUUUAAGGACGUUUUGAAGCGGUUAUCGGAGGCGAUGGAGAAAACUGGUCAGCAAGUCAAGGGGGUGGCAAACAGUCACGUCCCAACGUCUCUUACCGUUGUUGACAAGGAGAAUAUAGGGGAAUCACAGGCAUCACAGAAGAGGACGUUCAUUAGGAGGAAUCAAAGUUUUAAGGACGACUAUGAUACACCACACACCCCAGAGAAGUCAAGGACUGAAUCUUCAGAGGAAGGCGCCUGUGAAUACAGGAAAGUAAUGGAGACACUGAAGAAUAAGAACAAGAAUCACAUCAGCACAUCUAAACAAGGAAGCGGCACCAAACGACCUGCCUUAAUUCCUGCAGAAGAAGACACUUGGGACGACUGGCUUGAGGACGACAUUGGAACGAAGCACAGCAACAAAAAACGCAAGUUUAGUUUGUCCACCAAUACAUCACAAGUCCGAAAUGUCCCUCGCAAUCGAGUGUCUGUUGACUCAAAUCAAAGCAGUGACAGCAAUGAUACCCCCAACGAAUAUUUGACUGAGUUCGGUGAUGACGACAUGGAAAUAGUAGACGUGUCACCAACACCAACGUGUUACGGAGCUAGACCUAACACGGGCUCCACAGUUAAAAAGAAAACGAAUCAAGGGUCGUUAUUGGACGCCGGCUUUAGUAAAUCCACCACGUCAACGAACCAAUUGAACGUAAUUAAAAAGAAGACACCUCCAUUAAAGGCGAAGAGCAAGCCAUUCCAACUCAAGAUGACCAACCCACGUUUCAGCGAUCCCCACGAGUCGCCCGUGAAGGAGUUGCGACGAUCCGACAGUUUUUCCAGCGACGUAUCCCAACCGUCGUCGCAGAACAUCACAAUCGCAGAUCCCACUUUGUUCGUGGACGUGCGGAUCGAAGGCAGGUUGUACAGGGUGCCGGUGUUGCUGUCUCAGGUGCAGACCCAGACCAUCAAAUGGCUGGCGGAGCAGGCUGCCUACAGAUACGCAAGUAAGGAGUCAAUGAAGCCCACCCUGGAGCUGGAGACGAAAAGUGGGGCCGUGCUGGCCGACGAGGACCUCCUGAGUUUGCUGUUCCCGAUGGGUGCGAUGCAGGCGGAGCCGGUUGAGGCACGUGUCUUGAGAUGGAGCCUGCCACCACUCAUCGACAGAUAUGUCGAAAGUUGUGCCCAUAUGGAAACAGGACAAAACGACUACUUGUCUAAGCUGGCGCAGGAGCUGUCGGACGUCCUGAACGUGUCCCAUAAGGGUCUUAGGGGUGGUGUUAUAGCUCCGUUUUGCAGGGCAAUAAACCACCAAAGUAAUCUACUGGAAAUCAACUUGUCAGGGAACUUUCUGAGUCUGGAAUGCGUUAAAAUGUUGUGCUCCAGCUUGGGGUCCCUCACCAACUUGCAAAGCUUGAAUUUAAGUUGCACCGGCUUACAAACUAGCCACCUGUCAUUAAUAAGUAACGCGGUGACUUCAAAGAGCCUAACGAAAGUCGAUUUAAGUGACAAUAGAUUAAAAAAUGAAUGUUUGCCACACCUAAGCACUUUCACCCAGAAAUUGCUGUUAAAAAGCCUUAAUAUAUCAGCGAUAGGACUCAGGAGCGAGGUGGAUGACGUUCAGUUGCAUUUAAAUCAUCUACAAAGUUUGGACGUGAGCGACAAUGAUAUAACAAAAGAGGACUUGAAGAAGUUACUCAAAACGUUAAAUACAAGCACGAUAAAAACUUUGAACAUAUCAAGACUUCGCCCUACAAACUGUCAAGUUUUGCACACGUUAUCUGAGGAGAUUUUUAAACUUGAACCCAUACAAAACUUGCGCACCAUUAAUUUGUCCCGGUGCAAUAUCCAUGAUGCUGAAUUAUUUAAUAUUCUAUGGUACCACACUCAAGUUCUCACGUCCAUGGACUUGUCAUACAAUUGUGAUUUAACAGGAUUAUCUUUGAAAAGAUUGUUGAAGCAUGCAUCAUUAACUGAUAUUAAUUUAAUUGGAUGUAGGAACAUAUUCAACAAUUUUCAAGAUGACGUAAUUAUUAAUAAAGAACAGAAACGUGAAAGGUGUCUUAAAACUUAUGUGGACGACGAAAUGUCAAGUCGAAAAAUUGUAAAUAUUUUUAAGAGCAAUUUUGACAAUGAAAACGUUAUUGUGAAUGAACUACCUAAUUUUUUAGAGAUUAGGGUUGUAUAUAGGUGAAGUACCACUUAUUUACACAUCAUGUAAAAUGAAUUUUUAUCUUGUACAUAUAUUAAUUAAGUUAUCAAAUAAAUAUUUCAUUUUUA